GGUGUGUCAUUGAAUACUUAAUUAUAAAGAAAUCAAUAAAAUAUAAGCAUAUUAUCAACAACAAAAUGCAAAGGCUAUGACACCCAAGAAAAGCAACAAUGAAAAGAGUUCCAAACACAAUAUGCUAAUAAACUAUACCAAUCAUCAAGCUUCACAUAUCCAAAAUACAUCUCUCUCCCAAUCCAAAACCUCACUCUUUUUCCCUUUUCUUUAACUAUCACUAUUAUCUUCUCCAUUGAGCUUCUCAUGAAUACUUUCCUUAACAUAUAAAAACAAACUCCUCUCAAUGCUCACAUUCAUCCAAUCCCACUCAUUUCACUUUCUUCCUCACUUUAACUCAAUGGGUCAUUCUUUCUUCAAUUUCAUCCUCUUCAUCUUCCUAUUGUCAUUAUGGUCUUCUCCAUUAGCACAUUCUAGAAACACACCACACAAUGCCAAAACAACAACACUUGAUAUUGUUUCUUCCAUUAAAAAAACAUAUCAAGUUCUCAACUUUAACCCAAACCUUAAAAAACAACAACAAAAGGGUUCUUCUUUUUCUUCAUCAUCUUUUUCUAUGCAACUUCAUUCAAGAGCUUCCAUUCAUAACUCUUCACAUUCUGACUACAAAUCUCUAACAUUAUCCAGACUCACCCGCGACUCAGCCCGAGUUAACUCAAUACUAACUCAGCUAGAUCCAAAUUUCAACCAACAGAAGCUUUCCGGUCCCAUUAUCUCCGGAACGAGUCAAGGAAGCGGCGAGUAUUUCUCCCGAAUCGGAAUCGGUGAGCCACCGAGUCAAGCCUACGUCGUCCUCGACACCGGCAGCGACAUAAGCUGGGUACAAUGCGCACCCUGCGCCGACUGCUACCGCCAAGCCGACCCUAUUUUUGAACCUUCUUCAUCGGCUUCUUACACGCCGAUCACUUGUCAAGCCAAUCAAUGCAAAUGGCUCGACCAAUCUCAGUGUCACAACGGUCACUGCCUCUAUGAAGUUUCCUACGGCGACGGCUCAUACACCGUCGGUGACUUCAUCACCGAGACUGUUACAAUCGGCGCGACUUCCGUGAACAAUAUCGCCAUCGGCUGCGGUCAUAACAACGAAGGCUUAUUCGUCGGCGCAGCCGGUUUACUCGGCUUAGGUGGCGGCCCACUUUCUUUCCCGGCUCAGCUUAAUUCAACAUCGUUUUCAUAUUGUCUCGUUGAUCGUGACUCUGACUUAGUCUCAACGCUAGAGUUUGACUCUCCGUUAUCUCGUAACGCCGUUACCGCACCGUUAAAGCGAAACCCUGAGUUAAACACUUUCUACUUUGUGGGACUCGUCGGAAUAAGCGUCGGCGGGGAGUUACUUCCGAUUCCGGAAACUAGUUUUAUGGUUGACUCUACGGAGGGUGGAGGUGUUAUAGUGGACUCCGGCACGGCAGUGACACGGUUGCGGAGCGAUGUUUAUGAUAUUGUACGCGACGCGUUUGUGAGAGGGACGAGGGAUUUACCGGCGGCGAACGACGUGUCGUUGUUUGAUACUUGUUAUGAUUUGUCGUUGAGGUCGAGUGUGGAGGUUCCGACGGUGGCGUUUCAUUUUGGGGAAGGGGAGGUGUUGGUGUUGCCGGCGAAGAAUUACCUGGUACCGGUUGAUUCGGUGGGGACGUUUUGUUUUGCGUUUGCUCCAACGAUGGGGUCGUUGUCGAUUAUUGGGAAUAUUCAGCAGCAAGGGACACGUGUCAGUUUUGAUCUUGUGAAGUCGGUGAUUGGGUUUUCACCUAAUAGUUGUUGAUUUGUUUUGAUUGGUGGUUACAAAUGUAACCGUUACAUAGGAUACGAUGUUUUUACUGCUUUUUCACGUGUUAGUGUAAUAAAUAGGGGUCCAUUUAGACAAGGUUGCAAUGUUGGUGGGACCAGCUGAAUGUCUCUCCCUCUCAUGUCAUAUUUUAUUUAAAUGUGUUAAUUUUAUUUAUUUAUUGAGGAUAUAUUAAUGAAUUCUUCCAAUUUUUAGUUA